GAAUGAGACUUUCGCUACUCCCUUAUACCAUGCUUUUGGUUGUCAAGUGACUGCUGGGCGUUGUCAAAUCAUUUCCGAAUUGUUUAACAUAUUUGUUUACCAAAACUUUUGAGGGAUUUUACAGUUUAAUUUAUAAUUUUAUAGUUCUAAGAAAAAUGCAUAAAAAAGCAAUAGUAAUUUCAGCUGUCGUAGCAAUAUUAACUAUACAUGAAGCUUCAGCAAUAUGGUGUUACCGCUGCACAUCGGCCACUCCCGGAUGUGGAGAAAAAUUUAACUGGCGUGGUAUAGGGUUUCUAGGGGAGCAAUGUCCUGAAAGCAAUGAUAUAUGUGUUAAAAUAAUUGAGAAACGUGGAGCACAAGAGACAAUAACGCGUGACUGCUUGAGUGCAUUGAGCUUCCGUACCGAUAUUCCUGCUGAUAAAUAUGAAGGUUGUAGGCCAGCCGCAAAGGACAUACGUCUGGCACACUACGUUAACCACACGAUAAAAGAACAUGACGUGAAACGCGAUUAUUUCAAUGAUGUCACAUUCUGCUUCUGCUUCCUGGAUCAUCGUUGUAACGGUGCUAAAGCGACUGCCAUUAACACAACGUUUCUAUUGGGUUCACUCAGCAUAGUCUUGUUUUUAGCAAGAAAGCAGAUUUGAACCAUCUCAAAAUUAAGCAAAUUUUUACACCUAAAGUGCCUUUGAUAAUAAACACAAUUUUAAAAAAUAGUACCUACGACAUACAUAUGCAAGCAUUUAAAUGCGAAAAUAUUUGAUUGCUUAUGUAAUUCAACGUCGUUAUUUUUUGGUCGACAGUAAUUGUAUUAUUAAUAGGAACGACAAAAGUAAUAUUUGGAACAUAUUCCGUUCAAGUGCAAAUUUUACAUUUUACUCGUUUACAUGUGGUAAAUUUAUGUAACUCGUGAAGCCGUCCACUACAUGUUUACAAAUUAUUAUCAAUUAUUCAUAAGCCCGAAUAUUAAUUUUAUUUAUACAAAUAUGACCAAGUAAUUUAAAAGACAAUUUUUAAUAAAUGUAUAUUGAUAAAACAAGCGAAA